UCCUACAUUGGGUGGCAAUGGCAUGAAUAAUGCUACUUAGGCCUAAAUAAAGUAAAAACGCAACAAUCUAUGAUUCUUCUUUUACUUUCUUUCAUUUUCAUCAGAGGUCAAACAAACUCCAGUCAGAGGUGCAGCAGCAGAUAAACUGGUUUCCACGUCACUUUCCAGAAGUGAAACUGAAACUGAUCCAGAGCUGCAGUCGAGACCAACUUGUGUGUUUCUGUCUGAAGGAGAAUUAAACUGAGUUGAUCUUUUCUUCUCCAACAACUGACUCAGAUAUCGAGUUCAGACAUGUCUGCUGGCAGCAGCCGGAGAUCUGAGGAUCAGUUUCUGUGCUCCAUCUGUCUGGAUGUGUUCACUGAUCCAGUCAGCACACCAUGUGGACACAACUUCUGUAAGACCUGCAUCACCACACACUGGGAUGGGGACAGGAGCUGCCAGUGUCCCGUCUGUAAAAAGGUGUUCAAGACCAGACCUGAACUGGAAGUCAACACCUUCAUCAGAGAGAUGGUUGAUCAGUUCAGACACGAAGCUGAACAGAAAACCAGCAGCAGCUCAGAGCAACAAGCUGCCAAACCAGGAGAAGUUCCCUGUGACGUCUGCACUGGAACCAGACUGAAGGCCCUGAAGUCCUGCCUGGUGUGUCUGCUCUCCUACUGUGAGACUCACCUGGAGCCUCACCUGACAGCUUCACGUCUGAAAAGACAUCAGCUGGUGGAUCCUGUGGAGAACCUGGAGGACAGGAUGUGUCAGAAGCACGAUAAACCUCUGGAGCUGUUCUGUAGAACCGACCAGACGUGUGUCUGCUCACUCUGUCCUGUUUUAGACCACCAGACUCAUGAGUUUGUUCCUCUGAGAGAAGAAUAUAAAGGAAAGAAGGCAGAGCUGGAGAAGACAGAGGCUGAAGUUCAGCAGAUGAUCCAGAACAGACGACUGAAUAUUCAGGAGAUCAAAGAGUCGCUGAAGAUCAGUAAAGAUGCUGCAGACAGACAGAAAGCAGAAGGUGUUCAGGUCUUCACUGAUCUGAAGGAGUCUGUUGAGAGAAGCCUGAAGGAGCUCAUGAAGGAGAUCGAAGACAAUCAGAAAACUACAGAGAAACAGGCUGAAGGCUUCAUCAAAGAUCUGAAACAGGAGAUCUCUGAGCUGAUGAAGAGGAGCUCUGAGGUGAAGCAGCUCUCAUGCUCUGAAGACCACCUCCACCUCCUCCAGAGCUUCAGCUCCCUGAAAGCUGCUCCACCCACCAAGGACUGGACAGAGGUCAGAGUUCAUCCUCCAUCAUAUGAGGGGACCGUGGUGAGUGCUGUGGAGCAGCUGGAGGAGAAACUCAGGAAGAUGAAGAACCUGAUGGAGGCUGAGCUGAAGAGGAUCCAGAAGUCUGCAGUAGAUGUGACUCUUGAUCCUGCCACGGCACAUCCUGACCUCAUCCUGUCUGCUGAUGGAAAACAAGUUCACUGUGGUGAUGUGAGGAUGUAUCUUCCAGACAACCCAGAGAGAUUUUCUACAUGUGUGUGUGUUUUAGGGAAACAGAGUUUCUCUUCAGGCAGAUUUUACUUUGAGGUUCAGGUUAAAGGAAAAAGUAAGUGGACUUUAGGAGUGGCCAGAAGGUCCAUCAACAGGAAGGGAAAGAUCACAGCAAGUCCUCUAAAUGGUUUCUGGACUGUUUGGUUGAGAAAUGGAAAUCAGUACGGAGCUCUUGCUGAUCCUCCAGAAGAUCUCCAUGUUGAUUCUGGUCCUGAGAAGGUGGGGGUGUUUGUGGAUUAUGAGGAGGGUCUGGUCUCCUUUUAUGAUGUAGGAGCUGCAGCUCUGAUCUACUCCUUUACUGGCUGCUGCUUCUCUGAUAAACUCCACCCGUUCUUCUGUCCUGGCCUUAAUGAAGGAGGUAAAAACUCAGCUCCUCUGAUCAUCUGUCCUGUUGAUCCAUCAGUCUGAUCUUUUCUCUCCUGAAGCUCCGUGAACAAAGAGUCUGUUUGUUAAAAGUUCUGAUCUGAGUGACUCUGUAGGUGAAGUCCUGCUGGUGGAGAGGUGAGCUUGGAGACGUCCUCAGAAACAAGUCCACAUUUUUCUGUUUGAUACAAAAUAGAAUCAUGACUUUAUGAUGUUUUUAAUCCUUCUUCUACAUGUUUUGCUCUUAAAAUAAUAAUUUUCUUUUAUAACAUACCCUACUAAUUAUUAAUUCAUCUAUUUACUCUGUGAAGUCAUUAUUAACUGGAUGGUUUUAUAUUUUUAGUUUUUCUGUAGCAUUUUUAGCUUCCAUAAAACACUGAAAUCCAUCACGAUGUUGAUUGUUUUCUUUCUUUUAAACUUGGUUUUAUAAAUGUUCAGGUUAAUAAAAAAUUUGUUUUAAAAAACCAAAAUGUCCUGAUAUUAAUAAUUUUCUGAUAAAAGCUGUAAAUCUGGAGUAUAUAUUAUUGUGGAGUUGGAGUAAUAAUUGUGAAACAAAAACAAAUAAAAGGCUGUUUUCGGGGUCAUUUGUGUUUGUAGAAAAAGAUUCAGCUAUUUCCGUUCAGCUCGUGAAAAAUGGGAGCAUAAACAAAAGUGUUGAAUUUUUAUUUUUGUUGCGUGUAGACAGUAAAAUCAAUGUAUAUUUUGUUUCUGGCUUUAUCCAUAAUGAAGCUUGUGACCUCCAUCUAAACACACAAUAAAAACAUUAAUUUAAUCUAAAAAAA